AUGGCCGACGAGAGGAAAUUCAGUGAGUUGGAGCUGACGAAGCAGAAUAUUGUCGAUUCAAUGGCUUUGUUGGAAUAUUAUGCGAAGGAGUUCGACAAGGACAGUAAGUUUGCGGGCCAAGUAGAAGCGUGGGCGGAAAAGUUGGAGAAAUUUUACGACGAGUUUCACCGGACGGUGGUGAAAUUGGAGAUGUUUUCCACCGAUAAGGAGCCAAUCGACCUGAAAAAGGAACGGCAGUUGUUCGACGGUCGCUAUUAUGCUCUUCGGUCCUUCUACUUGGCCAAACUGGCGAAGAAAACACGUUCUCCCCCUUCUGCCAACCCCGCACCAUCGAGACCAAUGAACAUCAGGCUUCCGGAGCUUAACCUACCCAAGUUUAGCGGUAAGUUGGAAGACUGGUGUGUUUUUCGCGAUUCAUUUGAAUCCGCAGUAGGUUCCCGGAGCGACAUCAGUGCGGUCGAGAAGAUGCACUAUCUGAAGGGCCUCGUUCAAGGAGAGGCAGCGCGCAUUCUCGACCCUAUCAAAAUAAGCGAGCAGGGCUACAAGGACGCUUGGCGAACGUUGCGGCUGCGUUUUGAGAACAACCGGCAGUUAAUCAAGUGUCACAUUCGGACGCUUUUCGACACUCCAGCGAUGCGCAAGGAAUCAGCUGAAGAUCUGCUUGCGCUGAUCGAUCGCUUCGAGCAGCAGAUCUCCGUUCUGAAGAGCUUGGGUGAACCAGCAGACCGAUGGAGCUCUAUCCUGGUUUACCAGCUAUCUAUACGCCUCGAUCCUUGUACGCUCCGGGAAUGGGAGAACCACUGUAGCAAACUCGAUGCUGACAACAUCGCUUCGGUUCUGGGAGGAACCGCCGGCACAUCAGAGGACACAAGCACUGGUGCGUCAACUUCAAUGCCAUCAUACGUGACGAUGGUAAACUUCCUCCAGAACUACGCUCGAGUUUUGCAAGCAGUUUCUUCAGCCACUUCGAACACCGCUCCUCCUCGCAGCAAGCCAAAUCCGACAUCCAAGCUAGCAGCCUUUCCAGUCGCAGCUACACAGCAAACUGCAGUAUCCAGUACACCCUCUUCCAGCGCCAGCAAGCCGAAGCCGUGCGACAAGUGCGGUGAGAGUCACUACCUGUACAGCUGUCCGGAAUUUCGGAAACUCAACCUUCGCCAACGGAUCGAUCUGGUAAGACAGAAAAACCUUUGCAUUAACUGUUUGAGAUCGAGUUCCCAUUAUGCCCGGAACUGUUCUGGGUCAAGAUGCCGUACAUGUACCAAGAAGCACCACACGCUUCUUCAUACUGAGCCCUCUGACGACAAUCCCGCUUCUGGUCAAGCCACCGGAUCAACUUGCUGUGUUGCCCUCCAGCCGACUCUCACCGCAGCAUCUGCGCUGCAUGCUCCAAACUCACUGUCACCCCAGUCUGUUUCGCAAGCUCCCAUCCAGCAACCGUCUACCUCUACCUCAAUCGCAAACUUAUCCCACAUUCAUGCGCCUUCCAUGAGUUCUCAGACUGCCCUCGUAUCACAUACUGGUGAAGUGAUUCCUGGAACCGUUUUCCUUCCGACUGCGCUAGUGAAUAUCCGUAACGGUAGAGGUCGCAUCGUCACUGCUCGUUGCUUGCUGGACUGUGCUUCCCAACGCAACUUUGUUUCUGGGGCUCUUUGCGAACGACUGCAGCUUCCUCGCAUCCGAUUGCCGCAUGCUAUCCCGAUAAGCGGAAUCGGAAACACUACAACGCUGGUUGAAUACCAGGCCACGAUAACCAUCUCCUCUCGAGUCACUCCCUUCUCCGUACAAUGCUCCAUGCUCGUUCUGCCUUCCAUUACCGUCAAGCUGCCCCAGUCGACGGUAGAAGCCCGCCACUGGCCGAUUCCAAAGCACGUGGAGCUUGCAGAUCCAACAUUCGCUGUUACUGGCGACAUCGACAUGAUUCUGGGUGCCGCCCAUUUCUUCCAAAUUCUUCGAUACGGCAGGAUAUCGCUCGGGGAAGAGUUACCGCUUCUGCAGAAUACAGAGUUCGGUUGGGUCGUCUCCGGAGAGUGUUUAUUGGAAAACCACGAUCACAGCGAUCCACGCAAGUGCCAGUUCAGUAAUCCCUGCACAAUCGAUGAAUUGGUCAACCGAUUCUGGCAGCUCGAAGAAGUCCACGAUGCAAAGGGAUGGUCUCCGUCGGAACGAUACUGUGAGGAACAUUUCGUGAAGAACACCACCCGCAACUCCGAAGGCCGCUACGUCGUCAAGCUGCCCAAGCGUGACGAGCUGCUUUGGCAGUUAAAGGACAACAAAUACAACGCCACCCGCCGCUUCUUCUCUCUAGAACGCUCACUCGGUGCGAGUCCCGAUAAGAAGGCGAUGUAUCAGCAGUUCAUCCACGAGUACGUGAGAUUGGGACAUAUGCGGGAGAUUGGCCCCGAUGAAAUCGACGCGCAACCGCAAUACUACCUUCCACACCACGCUGUGAUGAAACUCGACAGCACCACUACAAAGCUUCGUACCGUAUUCGACGCAUCAUGCCGCUCGAAGUCCGGUAUCUCGCUGAACGAUGUCCUGCUUCCUGGUCCCACAAUCCAGGACACUCUCGUGACGAUUGUCCUCCGUUUUCGAAUCCACCAGUUCGUGAUAUCUGCGGACAUUGAAAAAAUGUACCGGCAGACUUUGGUCCAUCCCACCGACCAACCGCUGCAGCGAAUUCUCUGGCGCGAAGAUCCCGAGGCUCCACUGAAGAGCUACCAGCUCCGCACCGUCACAUACGGCACAAGCAGUGCUCCAUUUUUGGCAACUAGGGUGCUGCAGAAGCUCGCCGAUGAUGAAGGGCAACAUUUUCCGCUGGCGGAACCCGCUGUCCGCCACGACUUCUACGUCGACAAUUUGCUGUCCGGUUCUGACGAUGCUGAAUCUCUCGCUGUUACCUGCAACCAGCUCAUUGCAAUGCUCGCAGGCGCAGGACUUCCUCUCCGACAAUGGUCUUCGAAUUGUCAAGCUAUUCUUGAUACCAUUCCGUUGGAGCUCCGAGAGACGAAAACACUACUCGAUUUGGACCACGAGUCCUCCGUGACUGCACUUGGCCUCCGCUGGGAACCGUCGACCGAUUUUCUUUCGUUCAAGACGCCGAAUUGGAAGGAAUGCACGGUUCUGAACAAACGAACGAUCCUCUCUCAGAUCAGCAGUCUUUUCGACCCCUUAGGUUUGAUUGGACCGACCAUUGCAAAGGCGAAAAUCAUGCUGCAGAGUCUUUGGAAGCUCCAUCUCGACUGGGACACACCCGUGGCUAACGGAUUCGCUCACGAAUGGCAGGAAUUUCACCAGAAGUUUUCAGCUUUUGCCCACCUUCGAGUUUCUCGCCAUGUGUUACGUCCGGAUUACGAUCGCUUAGAGAUUCACGGGUUCAGCGACGCUUCAGAGUCUGCAUAUGGAGCAUGCAUCUAUCUCCGGUCAAUACCUGCCGAGGGCCCUUGUACAGUUCGCCUGGUGAUUUCUAAGUCCAAGGUCGCUCCGAUGGGGACUCAAACCAUUCCACGCCUCGAGCUAUGCGCAGCUCAACUCCUGUCCAGACUUCUUAAACAAGUUCAGGACAGCAUCGACAUAACCGCCACCACAUAUCUAUGGACCGAUUCUUCCAUCGUCUUGAACUGGAUAUCCGCAACUCCAUCGACAUGGAAGACGUUCGUAGCCAACCGAGUGGCUGAAAUCCAAGAGCUGACGUCUCACGCCGUUUGGAAUCACGUCCCAUCCGAAGACAAUCCCGCCGAUCUCGUUUCUCGAGGAAUGGACCUCGAUGAACUCCUCGCUAGUGCACUGUGGUGGAACGGACCGCAGUGGCUAAAACCAAUAUUCGCUCCUUGGCCAGCGAAGUACGUCGUCGUAGCGACCUCAAACUCAGACCAACCGGAGGUCCGACAGACUAUUGCCCUUCCGGUCGUGAGCGUAGAACCGUCAGAUAUCGUCGAUCGCUAUUCCAAUCUUCGUCAGCUACUUCGGAUCGGCACACUUCUUCGGCGUUUCGCUGCUAACUGCCUUCACCGGAAGAAUCACCAACCAAUUCUUGUCGGCCCGUUGACGGCUCUUGACAUUGAUCGCACUCUGCUCAAUCUGGUCCGUCGCAUACAACAGCAGUACUUUGCCAACGAGAUACGCCAACUUGAAACCGUCGGAAAAGUAAACCGUAAAUCCAAGCUACGGUAUCUGCACCCGACACUCGUAGACGGCAUUAUUCGUGUCGGCGGCCGGCUUCACAAUGCUGCAAUACCUGUCGACGGAAGACACCCGAUCGUCCUCCCCAAACAUCGUCUCACCGACAUGAUCGCCACGAGAGAACACCAUAAGACGCUCCAUGCCGGUCCCAGCUUACUACUAUCCUCGUUGCGCCAAAGAUUUUGGCCCCUCGGCGGACGGAACUUGGUUCGCAACAUUGUUCACGGCUGCAUGGUAUGCGCACGUGCCAAACCCAAGCCGUUGCAGCAGCUGAUGGGGGAUCUGCCAUCUGUUCGGGUCAACCAAGCGUACCCGUUUCAGAAUGUUGGCGUUGACUUGGCUGGGCCAAUGUACGUGAGAACGUCACUCCGAAAUAAGAGAUCGCCAUUCUUCAAAGCCUACAUCACCGUAUACGUAUGUAUGGCUACCAAAGCCGUGCACUUGGACCUUGUGUCGGAUCUGACCACUGGCACAUUCAUUGCGAGCCUGCGAAGAUUCGUCGGCCGUAGAGGAAAGCCUGCGCAUAUCUACUGCGAUAACGCCACGAACUUUGUUGGAGCACAGCGAGAACUGGAAGAACUGCGGAAGCUUUUCCGAACUCAAGUUCACCAAGAUGCCGUAGCAAACGAAUGCGCAGACAACGGAAUACAGUUCCACUUCAUCCCACCUCGCUCUCCCACAUUCGGUGGAAUCUGGGAAGCCUGCGUGAAAUCCGUGAAGACCCUGCUUCGCAAAAUCCUCGGAAAUGCCCACCUAACCGAAUCCGAGCUGCAAACCGCAUUGAUUCAGGUCGAGUCAAUGCUAAAUUCUCGCCCAAUCACGCCGUUGCCGGACAAUCCAUCCGAUGAGCUUGCUCUGACUCCAGGACAUUUCCUGAUUGGUCGUCCGUUGAAUGCGGUACCUGAUCCAGAUUGCCGUGAAGUUCCUGAAUCCAGGUUGUCUCGAUGGGAACGAGUACAACAGCUAACUCAGCACUUCUGGAGUCGUUGGCACAAGGAGUAUCUCACCACCCUGCAAAAUCGCUACCGCUGGACAGAAGCCAUGGACAAUCUAGCCGUUGGUUCCAUCGUCGCUCUCAAAGAUGAGAGAGCACCGCCGUUGAAAUGGCCCCUGGGACGCGUGCUCAGCGUUCAUCCCGGCCCUGACGGCCUUGUUCGUGUCGCCACCGUGAAGUCGACCUUCGGCAUCGUUCAACGCGCCAUCCCAAAGCUCUGCUUACUUCCAGUUGAAGUGGCGCCACCCAUCGCCCUUGCUCAGGGAACCGAGCCGCCGGACGAGAUCCCGGCCCUUGCUCAGGGAACAGAGCCGCCGGACGAGAUCCCGGCCCUUGCUCAGGGUACAGAGCCGCCGGACGAGCUCCCGGCCCCUACUCGGGGAAAUGAGUCGCCAGACGAGAUCCUGGCCCAAGCUCGGGGGUAUCGAGCGGUUCGUGGUUCACCUGUAAAGAACCAAGCCUCGCCGUUUCGCGUACAGAUGUUCCUCCUUUACAGCACACCACUCCUGGACAGUAUCCUGCAGUCGGACCCGACGCACCUCGAAAAAUCAUCCUGGAAGCUCGAAGCCUGCGUGAUGCGGCUUUACCGCAUAACCGAGCCCAAGGAUCCGAAGCAGCGUAAAGCUGCUGAGGAUCCGCCGAACGAUGCGGCCAUCGACCCACCGUUGGAAGCGGCGGCCCCUCGCAAGCGAACCUGUAAUCCACCCGUUUGCCCGGAUUAUUCAAAUAUAUGGGCAAUCAAUUAA